UGGAGAAAAUAGAAAUAGAAAAUAAUUAAUUUCUUGAUUUAUAUUGUGCUUUGAGUAUUUGUAUACUGUUGAGUAUUUACUAUAUUGUGUAUUUACUAAAUUUAAAAGUCUGAGUUAAGAAAUAAGCCUUAAGUAAUUAUAAAAUGAUAUCGCUUACGGAUUAAAGCAAAUUAUUAUAUUGUAUGUUUUUAAACUUUCCAAAAAUACCCUUUUCUUCAUCAAUAAAAUACUUCUUUGAAACCUAUAAGGUUUUGAACGUUUUAUUUUAUACCGAAGAUACCAAAUAUCUUUUUUUAUUGUCCAUCUAACCAUGAUUCCUAGACAGUAUUAUACUGAGCGUGACUUACGAAAACGUCAAAUAGACGCACUAAAGGUUUUUAAUGAUAAUGUUACGGAGGUAAAAGAACAUGCUGAAUAUAAAGUUGAGUUUAUGGCAAAUUCAAGGAACAUGGUUCUAAAUAUUGUCCUAAGUCCAGAAUUUCCAAAUGACAAACCUGCUAUAUUUGUUAACCCGGUUUUUAACCAUCCAUGGUUAGGAGAGAACUCAAAUCAGGUUGUGGGUGCACCAGGACUUCUAAAUUAUACUGUUCAUUCUGACUUAGGCAGAGUAGUGCAAGCAAUAAUAAGAGAGUUCCAGCGUUCUGUCCCAAGUAUUGCCAAUGAAGAUAAAUCAACUGACACAAGUCCUCAAUCCCAUAUAAGUGUUAACUCAUUGAUGUUCCCUGAACUAAGUGAAUUGAAUAUUGAAGAAUUACAAGAAAUAUUAGAAAAUCCAGACUUGCAGGACAAGUUAUUAGAAAACAAUCCACAACUAGCAGAAAUUGACCAAGAAACAGAAGAGUUAAUGAACAGUAUUGAGGAAAUUGCUCAAGACAAUCUCACUAAGCAGCAAAUGCUUGAUGAUAUGAAAUCUAAAGUACUUGAAGGCAUAUCAACAAUAGUUCAAAUGAAGAUGAGUUAUGAAGAUCUGAAUAAACGGUACCAAGAGUUGUGUGAGGGAUAUUCACCACACCGUAUCAGGGAUUGCUUGAAAGAUGCUGCAAUACGGGCUGAUGAAGAUGCUGAAGCUAUCGCUGAGCAGUUUUUAUUAGGAAACGUAUCAGUGGAGACGUUUGUCAUGAAAUUUGCUGAGAAACGUGCGUUGGGCCAAGCGAGAAGAGCGCGAGAAGAAAGAUUAGCGCAUCAGCUAGCGCAAUUGGAUAGAGCUACUACAUAAUUCUACAUAAUAACCCAGAACAUAGGGGUUUGAUUCCGGGGUGUUUAACGCAAUACAAAAUGACCGCUCCAUACAUUGAUCAGAUCAGAUUUAUGGACUGAUUAUCGAAUUAUAGGGUUCAAUGAAUAUCUGAGUAUGUUCAUUAUUUCCAUUACAUAUAAAUGUAUAUACAUAUUAACGUUAAAAUAUAAAUUUUUGUAUCGAUAUUAUAUAUUAUGUCCAGACGUAUACACACCUAAAUUACAAGAAAUACCGGCCAAAAUGGCUUUUUGUAAACAAUAUUAGACAAUAAAGUAUCACAUAUGAUUCAAUUGUUGACUCGCUAGGUAAGACGAUCCUGCGAACAUAUAUAUAUAUAUAUAUAUAUAUAUGUAUAAAUUAAAAUGUUCUUAGGUCUCGUAGAUUUAAAUAGUAUAACGGAAUUGUUUAAACAGUAAUUCCGAAGUAGUGUACGUUUUGUAUAGGAAUAUGUUUGAUGGAAAUAACUUUUUAAUAACGCCAUCCGUUAUUUAGAUUUUGAUAUGUUAGACAUUCCUAUAUCAUUGUAUUAUAUUAAUAAAUUAUUACAGAAGU